AUGGCUUCCAAUCCUCCUCCAUUCCAGGUGGAGGAUAAUACUGAUGAGGAUUUCUUUGAUAAGUUAGUGAAUGAUGACAAUGAUGUGGACUUUAAGGUCACUGCUACAUCAUCGACAUUGGCAGGACUCAGUUUCGCUGAUGGGAAUGAAUCAAAUGAGGCUAAGGCCUUGGCGAAUUUGAGUAUCAAUGAGGUUGAGAACAAUAGUGGGGUUGAUACUAAUUUUGCUACGAGUGGUAGUUUUAGAUGGGUUGAUGAAUUAAGCAAGGAAAAUGGGGAAGUUGAGAAGGUUGCGAGUUUGGAGGAGAAUGGAGGUCCAUUAGUGUCAUCAAAUUCGUUCGAGUUUGAUACUCUGAUACACGAACCCAAAGUUGAGAUAGGAGGGUCCGGGGAUUUGUCUGAUACAACUGUAGUGAGUGAGAGUAGCAGUAAGGAUUCGUCCAAUACCAUGAUAGUGAGAAACAGUAGUGGAGGAUCAGGGGGUUCGGGAGUUACGGAGGUGGACUGGACUGCCUUUCAUGCCGACGCAGCUCAGAAUGAUAGUAAUGGUUUUGGAUCGUAUUCAGAUUUUCUUAGUGAAGUUGAAGGGAACAAGGCUGAUGAUGCAUUUGGGAAUGUGGGGGUUAGUUUGAAUAAUGAGUCCAAGGUUGCUUAUGGUAACAAAGUAUGUGGAUAUACGCAUGAGGUAAAUUCAAGUGAAUUGGGGCAGUAUCAAGAGGGGUAUAAUUUUGGUACCACUGCGGAGCAGGUGGCGGCUGGGCAGGAUUUGAAUGGCAGUCAGUAUUUGGAGAGUCUCUAUCCAGGUUGGAAGUAUGAUCCAAGCACGGGUCAGUGGUAUCAGGUAGAUGGUUAUGAUGCUGGUGCAAGCAUGCAAGGAAAUGUUGACUCUAAUUCAACUUCUAUGCCUGGAGAGGCAAAUAUCUCUUACUUGCAGCAGACUGCUCAGUCUGUUGUGGGUACUGUAGGUGCUGCGAGUACAACUGAGAGUGUUACUGAUUGGAAUCAGGCAUCUCAGGUAAAUGAUGCUACAGCAAGCACCACGAAUUGGAAUCAAGUUUCACAAGUAAGCAGUGACACAACUGGGGUUGCACUGAAACAGGAUUCCCAAGUAAAUGGCAGGUACCCACCACACAUGUUUUUUGACCCUCAAUACCCUGGCUGGUAUUAUGAUACUAUUACCCAGGAAUGGUGCUCUUUGGAAUCAUUUACUGCAUCUGAUCUAUCCACUGCUCAAACUCAAGCGAAUCAGAAUGGAUAUUCUUUGACCAAUACAUUCUCUCAAAACAAUGAUCAGAAGACAGACAUUGCAUAUGGUCUAGUUAAUAACUACAGAUCCCAAGGCUUUAGUGACCAAGGCAAAGGUCAGACCUGGGCUGGGUCAUUCAAUAGUAAUAAUCAGCAAAGUUUAAGAACGUGGAAACCUGAACCCAUUGCCAAGAAUGAGCCUACUUCACAAUAUAGUGGAAACCAACAAUUAGAAAAUUACUACACGCAGAACUUCUCCGUGAACGCUCAUGGAAGCGAAGAAAAAUCAGUUAAUCUUGGGGAAACUGGUUCGUAUUUUGAAAAUGUCAGUCAAGGUCAAAAUGGCUUUGGUAUGCCUGCUGGUUCCCAAAAUUCUGUUUUUGGGGUGAACCUCAAUCAGCAGUUCAAUCAGUCUGGAAUUAAUCAAAAUGACCACAAACGAAUUUCUUAUGACUACCAUAGCAAUCAAAAUUCAUUUAGCUUUUUGCAGCAGUAUAAUCAGAGUGCCCAUCAAUUCCCUAAUGCUCCUGCUGCAGAAAGGUCAUCUGCUGGCCGUCCUCCGCAUGCUUUGGUUACUUUUGGUUUUGGUGGAAAGCUCAUUGUGAUGAAAGAUAGCAGCUCUGCUGAAAGCUCAAACUUUGAGAGUAAGAAUCCUGUAGGAGGCUCAAUAUCUGUUCUCAACUUAGCGGAGAUUGUAAACGACAAAGUUGAUGCUUCAACCCUUGGAAUCGGUGCUUGUAAUUAUUUCCGAGCUCUCUGUCAGCAGUCCUUCCCUGGUCCUCUUACUGGUGGAGGUGUUGGCAUUAAAGAGCUUAACAAAUGGAUUAACGAUAGGAUAGCAAGCUCGGGGGCUGCUGAUAUGGACUACGGGAAAGGUGAGGUGUUGAGGUUGCUCCUCUUGGUGCUAAAAAUAUCCUGUCAGUAUUAUGGAAAACUGCGAUCUCCUUUUGGUACGGAUACUGUACUAAAGAAGAUGCAUUCUUUAGGGACACAAUUUGGUGCUAUUGCAGAACGAUUUCACUUGGAGGAAUUAGAUGGAAAGUAG